AUGAGUAUUCCAACAGAUGAUGAAUUAGUAUCUUCAUUUAAAUCAUUUGGUUUCGAUGAUAAGAAAACUAAUGCUAUUAUAACAACUAAGAAAAUUGCUUACUAUUUAAUUGAAAUCUUGGAAAAAUCAAAUAAUUCAAAAAAUGAUGAUAAAAAAUUGAAUUUAUUACAUCAAUUGGCAAUAUUUGAAAAUAAAAAUGGUGGUUCAAUUCCAAAUAUUCAAUUUAUAAUCAGUGGUAUUGAUAAUGAUGAAUUGAAAUCAAAUUUACAAAUUCAAGAGGGAAUUAAUUAUUUAAAAUCAACUGAAUCUCCUAGUAAAUCUCAAUUUGAUCAAGCCCUGGGUGUUGGUAUUAACAUUACUGAAGAUCAAGUUAAACAACAAAUUUCAUCAUAUUUAGAUUCAAUAUCAUCAGAAUUGGAAACUAAAAGAUAUUCAAUUGUCUCCCAAGUUUUAACAACGAUUAAAAAUUUACCAAAUCUAAAAUGGGCAUCUCCUCAAUUAUUUAAACCUUUAAUUGAUGAUGAAUUUUUAAAAAGAUUAGGUCCAAAAGAUGAAAGGGACUCCAAAAAGAAGGAAAAGAAAACAAAAGCUAAAACUGAAGAAGUUAAAGAAACAGUUUCAGAACGUAAUAUGUUUAAGGAAGGUUUCCUUGGUGAUUUACAUAAACCAGGUGAAGAACCACAAAUGUAUCCUGAAUUAUUAGAAAACCAUAAAAAAUUUAUUCAAGGUCAAGUUUAUACUAGAUUCCCACCUGAACCAAAUGGGUUUUUACAUAUUGGACAUUCAAAAGCAAUUAUGGUUAAUUUUGGAUAUGCUCAAUAUCAUCAAGGUAAAUGUUAUUUAAGAUUUGAUGAUACUAAUCCAGAAGCAGAAGAAGAAAAAUAUUUUGAAUCUAUAAAAGAAAUGGUUUCAUGGUUAGGUUAUUCUCCAUUUAAAAUUACUUAUUCAUCCGAUUAUUUUGAUGAAUUAUAUCAAUUAGCUGUUAAAUUAAUUGAAUUAGAUAAAGCAUACGUUUGUUUUUGUACGCCUGAAGAAAUGAAACUUUGUAGAGGUAUUAAAGAAGAUGGAAGCAAAGGUGGGGAUAGAAUUGCAUGUAAACAUAGAUCACAAAGUAUUGAAUAUAAUUUAUCUGAAUUUGAAAAAAUGAAAAAUGGAGAAUAUCAAGUUGGUCAAGUCACUCUCAGAAUGAAACAAGAUUUAAAUUCUCCAUCACCUCAAAUGUGGGAUUUAGUAGCAUAUAGAGUUUUAAAUACUCCUCAUCAUAGAACAGGAUCAAAAUGGAAAAUAUAUCCAACUUAUGAUUUUACUCAUUGUUUAGUUGAUUCAUUUGAAAAUAUUACUCAUUCAUUAUGUACUACUGAAUUUAUCCUUUCUAGAGAAUCUUAUGAAUGGUUAUGUGAUGUUUUAAAAGUUUAUCGUCCAGCUCAAAGAGAAUAUGGUAGAUUGAAUUUAACAGGUACAAUAAUGUCAAAAAGAAAAAUUGCAAAAUUAGUUAAUGAUAAAUAUGUUAGAGAUUGGGAUGAUCCAAGAUUAUAUACAUUAGUAGCUAUAAAAAGAAGAGGUAUCCCACCAGGUGCAAUCUUAUCAUUUAUUAACACAUUAGGAGUCACAACAUCAAAAACUAAUAUUCAAAUUGUUAGAUUUGAAUCAGCAGUUAGAUCAUUUUUAGAUCAAACUACUCCUAGAUUAUUAAUGAUUUUGAAUCCAAUUGAAGUUCAUAUUGAUAAUUUACCAGACAACUUUGAAUUAGAUACUGAAAUUCCUUAUAAACCAGGAAAAGAUGAGAAAAACUUUGGAAGUCGUAAAUUAACAUUUUCAAAUAAGAUUUAUAUCGAUAGAUCAGAUGUUAAAUUGGAGUCUGAUUCAAAUUUUUUUAGAUUAGCACCUGGACAACCUGUAGGAUUAAUGAAAGUGCCAUUCAACAUCAGUUUCAAUAGAAUUGAAGGUAAUAUUUUACAUGUUAAUUAUGAUGAUGGAAUAAAAUCAAAACCUAAAACUUUUAUUCAAUGGUUACCUAAAUCAACAGCAAUUGAAAUAGAUGAAGUUAGAAUUUAUAAUCAAUUAUUUAAAUCAGAAGAUCCAUCAACUAAUCCAGAUGGUUUUCUUGCAGAUAUUAAUCCAGAUUCAGAAGGAGUUAUAAAAACAGCAUUAAUUGAACCAAAUCUCAAGGAAAUAAUUUCUAAAUCUCCAAUGAAUAUUGAAAUUCCAAAUUCACAAUUUAACAUAAAAGAAUCAAGUGGAAAUAAUACUGUUAGAUUUCAAGCGUUAAGGGAAGGUUAUUUUUGUUUAGAUAAAGAAUCAAAUGAUGAAAAAUUAAUUUUAAAUAGAAUAGUUACCUUAAAAGAAGAUUCAAAUAAAUCAUCAUAG